AUGACAAAAUUUUCUGAAGGCCAUUAUGACAUCUUAAAUUUAAUAGAGGUAAAGAGUAAUAUUCAAGAGAAAAAUAUACUAGGAUAUAGUAUUGAUUAUACUGUAGGUGGGUUAUUCUUAUUUGGGGGUUUUAAAAUAGAUAUAGAAGAGAAUAAUGGAAUAAUAUGUAACGAUGCUUAUUUAAUUCAUAUAAAAAACGAUAAGGCAGAGUAUGAAACUCUGAGUAUUAAAAUAAAACCAUCUAUUAGAUGUUAUCAUAAUUCUUGCACAUUAUUAGAAAAUUAUGUUAUAAUUUUUGGUGGAUUGAAUAGUGAAGUUCCUUUUGUUGCUUUGAACGAUUUAUGGGUAUUUAACAGUUUAAAUAAGACAUUUGUUGAAAUAAAAUUAAAAUGUAAAGAAAAAAAUAAAGAGAAAAAUUUACAAAAUGGCAUAAAUGGAACAAACGAGAAGGGGUAUAUUUCUCAAACGGAUGAUGAAAAUUGUAGUGAUAAUAAAUAUGGAGAGAAUCAGGAUUAUGGAAGUAAUGAUAGUGAUAGUAAAGAUGGUGAAGAUAUUGAUAAAGAUGAUUCCAUUUUAGAUAAUUCAUAUGUAAAGAAUUUAAGAAAAUAUUUGAAAAGUAAUAAAAGUGAUGAGUUACAUUCAAGUGAUAUACCAUGUCCUCGUUAUUUUUCUAGUUUAGAUUUAUAUAUUAUACGAAAAAAUAAUAUAGAAGAAGAAAAAGGAUUUAAAAAGGAUGAAAUCAAAAUAAUAAAGAAUAAUAUUAUAGUGAGUAAUUCUUUAAAUUAUGAGUAUUUUAGUUUAAUUUUAUUCGGUGGAUAUGGUGGUUAUGACAGAAGUAGUUAUAAUGAUUUAUAUGAAUUUAAUAUAUUAAAUAAUGAAUGGAUAUUAAGAGGUUGUAAAGGGAAUGUCCCAUCGACUAGAUACGGUCAUAUAUCAUUUAUCCAUGGAAAUAAUUUAUUUAUAUUAGGUGGUACUAAUGCUGAAAUAAGUUUUAAUGAUAUGUAUUCAUGUGAUUUAAAAAACAAUGAAUGGUCUGAAGUGGAUUUUUCUUAUUCAUUUAAUAUUUCAAAAGUAUUUUGUAGAAGUGUGUUGGUAGAAUCUAUUGAUAGAAAUAUCAUAUUUAUUUUUGGAGGUUAUAAUAUUAUUAGUGAUGAAAAGGGAAAUCGAAAGAUAGAAUAUAAUAAUAUAGAGUUGAAUAUGUUAAAGUUAUAUGAUACCUUUAAAUUAGAAGAAUUGAAAUAUAAUAUUAUUCAAAACAAUGAAGAAAAUAUAAUAAAAAAUAAUAAUAUGGAAGAAAUUAAUAAUAUGAAUAGUAAUAAUGUUAAAAAUGAAAUAAUAUCUACAAAACAUGAUAUAUAUGAAGAUUCCAAUAUAUCAAAUAAUAUAACAUUUUGUUCUAUAACAUAUGAUUUUAUGGAUUCUAAUUUAAUUAUAACAGAUAAUAAAAAGAAAAUAUAUAUUAUGAAUAUAAGCAAUAUCAUUGGACCAAAAUAUGCUAUAUUUAAUAUAUGGCCAAAACAAUGUGAUAUAAAUGGAAAUAAAAAAUUAUUGUUUAGAGGAAAAGGAUUUACUAAUGAAGGUAAAAUUUUAGUGAAAUAUAAAUCGGAUGAUAUAAAUUUAUAUAGUGAAGGAAUAUAUAUUAAUGAAAAUAAUAUAUAUACUAUAGUACCUAAUGCAAAAAAUAAAAUCAAAAAUAAUAUAUGUCAAGUACAAUUAUCUAUUAAUGAUAAAUGUUACACAACUAAUAGUUGUUUUCUAGAAUAUUAUUAUAAUAUUGAUCCUAAAAAUACAUUAAUUUUUGGAAGUGGCUUAUUGGAACCAGUAUGUUUACAAAAGGAUAAUAUAUUUUUUCUGAUUGCAAAAAAUAGCUUGAAUGAACAUAAAAAAAUAGGAGGUGAUAAAUUUCAAAUCAGUAUUAUAUAUGAACAAAAAAGCGAACAAUAUGAUAUCAAAUAUUUUGUUUAUGAUUUAAAUAAUGGAUUUUAUAUAGUCAAAUAUUUCUCAUUUCUUAAUGACAAGCAAAUGAAAGUAAAGAUGCAAAAUGUGGGCAAAAAUAAUAACAUAGAACAAAGAAACAAUAAUAAUGAUAAUAAUGAUAAUAAUAAUAAUGAUAAUAAUAAUAAUAAUAAUAAUGAUAACAACAAUAAUAACAAUAAUAAUAAUAACAACAACAAUAAUAAUAAUGAUAAUUUAAAUGAACAGCUCAAUUGUAAUGUAGUACAAAGGAAGAAUCAAAAUGAUUUAGAAACUCUUGAAGGACCUCAAAAUAUAUCUAAUAAGAACUCAAUGAAUAAUGAAGAUAUAAAAAGUAAUACAAAUAAUCAUAUGGAAAUAUUAGACUUAAAUGGAACCUUAAAAAUAACAGUAAAAUUAAAAGAUGAAAAUAUUCAGAAUAGUCCAUUUUUUCUAAAAGUUGAUAAUAAUUUAAAAGAUAAAAUAAUAUAUGUAAAACAAUUUAUUAAUGAUAGAUUAGAGAAUUUAUUACGAAAAGGAGAAUGCUUAUUUGAUCUAAUAAAAAAUAAAAACAUGAAUACAAAUAAUUUGAUACAAUUAAAUAUCAAUAUUGAUCAUUUUCUAAACACAUUCCCUAAAGCAAUACAUGACAUAAAUAUUAUAGAACAGUAUAUAUUAUAUGGACUUAUAGAUAUAGAUAAGAUAAAAAAUGUUAUUACCAACUUACAUGAAGAGGAUAAUUUGGUGAAUGCUUCUCAAGAGGAAGAAAUAUAUAUUGAUAAAGAAAUUCAUGAAUUAAUAAAUAAUGAAAAGUUCAAAAAUGAUCAGACCGAUGAAAUGGGAGAAUAUACUGCUACUACAACAAAUAACGUAAAACAUACUAAUAAUACCAAUAAUAAUGAUACACAUAUAACAGAUACACUAACACAUAUAAAUGAAAAUAAUGAUACUAGAAAUAAUUUUUUAAAAGUAAAAGAUAACCAUAAGAUUGUAGAUUUUAUAAAUGAAAAUAAAUUGAAAUUUCUAGAUUAUAUCGAUCCUAAUAUCAUGAAGAAAUUAAGAAAUUAUAUCAACCUCUUAAAUACAGAAGAAUUAAAUUUAAAAAACAAAAAAGAUAACAAAAAAAUAGAUGAUUCAAAUAAAAAAGAUUUAUUAGGAAUUAAAAAAAAAAGAAGUGAAGAUAAAUUUCAUUUAGAUAAUAAUUUAGAGAAAGAUGAGAAAAAAAUUGAAGUAAUUAAAAAUUUAUUAAUUUUUUAUCAUAAACUUAAAACGGUUUGCUUGUCUAAAAAAGAAAAAGAAUUAAAAGAUGAAUUUAUAAAAGAAGAAAAAGAAAGUAUUAAGAAAUUAAAAUUAAAUUAUAAUAAAUUUGUAAAUAUCAAAAAGAAUUUAGAAGUAUCUAAUGUUUAUUUACAUAACAAUGGAUAUGAUUCAUCAUUAAAAGAACUUGAAACUACAAAAAAAUAUCUUAUAGAAAUAAAAGAUGAAGUUACAAAAAUAAAACAAAUAUCAGAUAAUAUUAUUAAAAUAGAUAAUGUAGAAGAAUUAAAUAAAGAUAUUGAAAAUUUAAAUAAUGAAAUUCAUGAAAUUGAAAAGAUGUGGCUAUUUAUUAAAAAAAAAGAAGAAAUAUUAAAUGAAUUUUUUUUUUGUCCUUUUAAAGAUUUAGAUGUAGAAGAUUUUGAUAUACAAAUAAAAAAAUUACAAAAUGAUUUCAAAAAAAUUAAAGUAGAUAGAAAACAUAAUAUAUGUAAAGAAGAAACAUUAAAAUUAAAAGAAAUUAUAAAAUUUAUUUCUGUUUUGUGUGAAAUUAAAAAACCAUUUAUAAAAGAUAGACAUAUAAAAGAAAUGGAAAAUAAUAUAAAUGAAGAAAAAGAAAAAAAUAAAGAAGAAGAUAAAAUAAAUAUAAUUAUAGAUGAUAGUACAUUAACUAUAUAUUUCUAUAAAUUAAAUAUUAUGAAAUAUCAUGAUACUAUUGAAGAAGUUAUUAUAAAAGCAUAUAAUGAAAAAAUAAUAGAAGAAACUAUUAAUAAAUUUGAAGAUUAUUGGGAUAAAAUAUAUUUUAAAAAAAAAGAAUAUAAAAAUAAUAUACUAUUAACAUAUAUAGAUGAUAUAUGUAUAGACACAAUUGAAGAACAUCAAGUUACUUUACAAAAUUGUUUUUCAUCUAAAUAUUUUCUUUUCUUUUCAGAUGAAUUAAAUUUAUGGCAAAAAAAAAUAUCCAAUAUAUAUGAAGUAAUACAAUUAUUAAAAGAUAUAGAAAAAUUGUGGAUAUAUUUACAAAAUAUGUAUAUAUAUUCAGAAGAAGUAAAAAAGGAACUACCUCUCUAUUCUAAAUUCUUUUUAACUAUUAAUGAUGAAUAUCUUGAAAUGUUAAAACAAAUUAUUGAUAAUAAUAUAAAAGUAGUAGAUUUUUCAAAUGAAGGGGGAAUUAUAGAAAAAUUAGAAGAAUUAAAAGUAAAAUUAUGUAAAAGUGAAAAACCAUUGAAUGAAUAUUUAGAUUCUAAACGUAAAUCAUUUCCUAGAUUUUUUUUUAUAUCUUCUACUGAUUUAAUAGAUAUAUUAUCUAAUGGAAAUAAUUUUAAACUUGUAAAUACACACGUACAAAAAAUAUUUUUAUCCAUUAGAAAAUUUGUAACAAAAAAUGAACAAUUAACAGAUAACGAAAUACAAAAUGAAGUGAAACUAAAUAAUCAAGAAACUAUUACAGAAGAAAAGAAUAAAAAUGCAAAUGAAAAUUCUAAUGAAAUAGAGACAAAUAAAUAUAAUAAGAAGGAAGAAUUAACGAAUAAUAGAGAUGGUGAUGGUGAUGAUGAUGAUAAUAUAAAAAAUGAUAAAGAUGAAAAAGAUGAAAAAGAAGAAACUAUUAUCAAGUUAAUUUCGUCUUAUGGAGAAGAAAUAUGUAAUUUUCAUGAAGGUCUAGUUUUGAAAGGUAAAGUGGAAUGUUAUUUAAAUGAUAUAAUAGAUCAUAUUAAAUAUACAUUAAAAUAUUAUAUUACAAAUUUAUUUAGAUUAAAAGAUUUAUUUAAUAAUGAAAAAGAAAAAUGGAUAGAUGAAAAUUAUUUAGCUCAAGUAUUUAUUUUAUGUAAUACUAUAUUUUUUGUAAAUGAUGUGGAAAAUAUAUUAAUUAAAAAAGAUAUUAAUAUAUAUGAAGAAUUAAAUAAAUAUUAUAAAAAUCAUAUUCUUCAAUUAGAAAAUGUUAUUAAAAAAGUUCAAAAAAAAUUAACUAUAAAAAAUAGAAUCAAAAUUAUGUGUAUUAUUACAUUAGAUACAUUUUAUAGAGAUGUACUUGAAGUUAUCCUAAAAAAUAAAUCUUCUAUUUCUAUAAAUAUGUUCGAUUGGCAAUCUCAAAUUAGGAUGUAUCCAUUUUUUAAAAAUCAAAAAAUUUACGAACAGAAUGAAAACCAAACGGAAGAAUCAAACUUAAAAUUGGAUAAUAAAAAUUUAGAUAAUGAACACCAAGAAGGAAAACAAGAAUAUAACAACAAAAAUAACGAUAAUGAUAAUAAUAAUAAUAAUAAUAAUAAUAAUAUAUUAAAUAAUGAAUUAUCAAAAUAUACGUGCCUUACACAUUUUAAAGACUUAUAUAUUAAAAUAAAAAUUAUGGACUGUUCAUUUAAUUAUUCUUAUGAUUAUAUAGGAAAUUAUCAAAGGUUAGUUAUUACUCCUUUAACAAGUCGUAUUUAUAUUACAGCUACACAAGCAUUAAGCUUAUAUAUGGGAUGUGCUCCUGCAGGACCAGCAGGAACAGGGAAAACUGAAACUACAAAAGAUUUAUCUAGCUUUUUUGGAAAAAACUGUUAUGUAUUUAAUUGUUCAGAUCAAUUAGAUUAUAAAAGUAUGGGAAAUAUUUUUAAAGGAAUUGGUAGUACAGGGUGUUGGUGUUGUUUUGAUGAGUUUAAUAGAUUAAUUCCUGAAGUAUUAUCUGUUUGUUCUAUUCAAUUUAAAUCCAUAUUAGAUUGUAAACGAAAUAAUAAUAAUGUAUGUAUUAUUGGUUCUGAUGAAAUUAUUGUAAAAAAAAAUUGUGCUGUUUUUAUUACAAUGAAUCCUGAUUAUUUAGGUAGAUCUAAAUUACCUGAAAGUCUUAAAAUUUUAUUCAGACCUAUAACAGUAAUUAUACCAGAUUUUAACAAAAUUUGUGAAAAUAUGUUAAUGGCUGAAGGAUAUGUAAAUGCAAAAUAUCUUUCUAUUAAAUUCACUACAUUUUUUGAGCUAGCCAAAAGUUUACUAAAAGAUAAACAUUGUGAUUGGGGUUUAAGAAGUAUCAAAAGUGUAUUAACAAAAGCUGGGGAUCUUAAAAGAAAUUAUCCUGACGUAGAUGAAAAUAAAUUACUUUAUUCAGCUAUACAUGAUAUUAAUAUUGCAAAAAUAUCAUCUUCUAAUUGUCCUAUUUUUUCUGGUUUGCUUAAUGAUAUAUUUUUUUCCAAUCAAAAUGAUAUAACUGAUAUAAAUGAUAUAAAUGAUAUAAAUGAAAAUAAAAAAGAAAAAGAUAAUAUUGAAGAAUUAAAAUCAGAUAACGUAAAAGAAGAAAAGAAAACAAAAAAAAAACAUUUAGAAGAUAAUAAUAAUAAUAAAAAAAAAGAAUUGUUCAAUUUGAAUAAUAUAGAAAAAGAAUUAAUGGAUAUUUGUAAAAAAAAUCAUUUAUUCGGAUUAAAUUAUUUUGUUAAAAAGAUUAUACAAUUAAAUGAUAUAAUGAAUAUUAGACACUGUGUAUUUAUUAUGGGUGAAGCUGGUUGUGGGAAAACAACACUUUUUAAUAUGUUAAUGGAAUAUCAAAAAAAACAGAAUUUAAAAACAGUAAGUAUACGAAUAAAUCCUAAAUCAAUAAAUAUAGAUGAUUUAUAUGGUAAUGUACAUAUAAAAACAAGAGAAUGGAAAGAUGGGGUAUUUUCUAAAUAUAUGAGAAAUUAUUCUAAAAAAGAUGAUUGUGAUAAAGCUUAUAUAAUCUUUGAUGGAAAUUUAGAUUCUCAUUGGAUAGAAAAUAUGAAUUCAGUUAUGGAUGAUAAUAAAGUUUUAACUUUAUCAUCUAAUGAAAGAAUAUUAUUAAAAAAUCAUAUGAAUUUAGUUUUUGAAUUUAGUGAUUUAAUGUUUGCUACUCCUGCUACAAUAUCAAGAGCAGGUUUAGUUUAUUUUUCAGUAGAUCCUAAUGAUUUAUGGAAAAAUUAUUUUUUAUCAUGGAUAGAUAAACAUGAUAAUUUUAAUAGUAAUAUAAAAAAAUUAUUUGAAAAAUUAAUGUAUAAAUAUGUUGAACCUACAUUUAGUUAUUUAAGUACUUUACAAACUUCUAUAAAAAUUUCACCAAUGUCUCAUAUACAAUCAUUAUCAGCUUUAUUAGAUAUAUUAUUAAUAGAUAAUAAUUAUGAAAGUGUAGAACAUUAUUUCAUUUAUUCAGUUAUAUGGUGUUUUGGAGGUUUUUUAGGUGAAAAGGAUAAUGUAAAUUAUAAAAAAAGUUUUGAUAAAUAUUGGAAAAAUACCUUUAAAAGUAUUAAGGUUAAUCGAAAAAUAAGUGUUUUUGAUUUUUAUGUAGAAAAUAAUAAAUUUAAAGAAUGGGAUGAAGCCGAAAUAACUAAUGAACUAAAACAAAAUUAUGUAUUACAAGAUGAUAUAUUUAUUGAAACGAUAGAAAGUUAUUCUUAUAAAUAUAUAUGUAAAUUGUUUUUAAAAUCUGAUAUGCCUAUUUUAUUUAUUGGUAAAACGGGUGUAGGAAAAACACAAUUAUGUAAGAAAAUAUUAAAUGAAGAAAAAGAAGAAUUUAAAAGUUUUUAUAUGAUUUUUAAUUAUUAUACUACAUCUAAAAAUGUACAAACAUUAAUGCAAAGUUGUUUAGAAAAAAAAUCAGGAAAACAAUUUAGUCCACCAUAUCAACAAAAAUUAAUAUAUUUUAUAGAUGAUAUAAAUAUGCCUAAAUGUGAUGAUUAUAAUACACAAAGUGCUAUUGAAUUAUUAUGUCAAUAUAUAGAUACAAAUUCUUGGUUUGAUUUAGAAAAAUUAAAUUUAAUUAAAAUAUUAAAUACAAAACUUAUAUCUUGUAUGAAUUAUAAUAGAGGCAAUUUUACUAUUAAUCCAAGAUUAAUUAGACACUUUUUUAUAUUAAAUAUUAAUUUUCCAGAAAAUAAUACAGUCAAUAGUAUAUUUAGUGUUUUAUUAAAAAAUCAUUUUAAUAAUUUUAAACAAGAUGUAUCUGAUUUAAUUCCAUCUAUAUUAAAAUCUACUAUAUCUUUAUUUUAUAAUAUUGAAAAGACAUUCAAAAGAACAGCUACUUAUUUUUAUUAUGAAUUUAAUUUAAGAGAUAUUCAUAGUAUAGUUAAAGGAUUACUUACUACAACACCUGUUACAUUUCAAGAUUGUGAUAAACUUUUAUUUUUAUGGUUACAUGAAUGUGAAAGGGUAUAUUCAGAUAAGCUUAAUAAAAAAGACAAGAACAAAUAUAAAAAGAUUAUUACUGAUAUAAUAAAAAAAAUGUAUAAUAAAUAUGAAAUUAAUAAAUUUGUUAUGAAAUAUGACAGUACUUUAUUAUUUUCAAAUUUUCAUAAAGGUAGUCAUGAUAAAACAUAUGACAUUUGUAAAAACAUGGAAGAAUUAACAUUAUUCUUAAAUGAAGAAUUAAAUGAAUAUAAUAAUUCCUAUAAUGUAAAUAUUGUUUUAUUUAGUGAUGCUAUUAAACAUAUUUGUAAAUUAAUUAGAAUAGUAGAUAAUUUAAAAGCACAUGCCUUAUUAUUAGGUAUAGGAGGAUGUGGAAAAACAACCAUAUCUAAAUUUUCAUCUUAUAUAUCAUCGAAAACAUUUUUUGAAAUGGAUUUUUCUGCACAUUGUACUGAUAACGAUAUCAAAAAAUAUUUACAAAACAUUUUUCAUAAAUGUGCUAUGAAAAAUGAAGAUAUUGUUUUAUUUUUGAAAGAAAGUAAAAUACAUGAUACUUUCUUUAUAUAUGUAAAUGAAUAUAUGUGUUCAAAUAAUAUUAUAGACUUAUAUACAAAAGAAGAACGAGAUUAUAUAAUACAUAAUAUUAGAAAUAUAGCUAAAGCAGAUGGUAUAGAACAAUCAGAUAAUAACAUAUUCGAUUAUUAUAUUAAAAAAGUAAAUGAUAACUUACAUUUCAUUUUAUGUUUUUCUCCAACUAGUAAUAAUUUUAGAGAUAAAUCAAACAAUUUCCAGUGUAUAUUAAAUAAUACUAUGAUAGAUAUAUAUGAUAAUUGGGAAGCUGAUUCUUUAAUGUGUGUAGGGAAAAAUUAUGUUAGUAAUAUAUAUAUGAAUAUAAAUACGGGGGAUAUUUUAUUAGAUCAAGAAUAUAUUAAUUUAAAAAAUAAAAAUAUAGAAAAAGAUAUAACUUUGGGAAACAAACAAAUAGAGAAAAAUUAUAUCCCUACAAUAUCAACAAACGAUGGAGAUGAUCAUUAUAAAGACAUGGAUAAAACAAAUAUGAAAAAUGGGGACAUUACAACAACGAUAAAUAAUAUUCCUAUUGAUAAUAAUAAUAAUAAUAAUAAUAAUAGGGAUAAUAUUGAUGGUAAUAAUUUUUUCAAAAAUAGAGAAGGAAAUGAUGAAAACAUGAAAAGAAAAGUUUAUAGUAAUAAUUUUACGAACCAAAAUGAUCUCAAUACAAAUAUUACAAACAAUAAUAAUAAUAAUAGUAAUAAUAAUAAUAAUAAUAUUUAUGAUAAAAAUGAUAGUAUACUAAAGGAAGAAGAAUAUGUAAACCUAAAAGAUAUAAUAACUGAAUAUCUAAAAGAAUGUUAUGAAGACCUAUUAGAUAUAUCAUCCUUUUAUUAUUCUCAUGAACGUUCCCAUAUUUAUAUAACCCCCAAAUUAUAUCUUGAAAGUAUCAAAACAUAUCAUAUAAUGUUACUAAAAAAUAUUACUAAUAUAAAUAAUAAAAUGAAUAUGCUUAAAAAUGGUAUCACAAAAAUGAAUGAAACAAGUUCAAAUGUAGAAAAUAUAAAAAAUUGCUUAAAAGAUAAAAAGAAAAUAUCAGAAGAGAAAAUGGAAGCUGCUGAAAAAUAUGCAAUAGAUAUUGGUAAUGAAAAAAUGGUUGUAAAAAAAGAGAGUGAUUUAGCUGAUAUAGAAGAACAAAAUUGUUUAGAAAUACAAAAAAAAGUUCUUAAACAACAAGAAGAAUGUGAAAAUGAUAUAAGAUUAGGUAUUCCAUUAAUAGAACAAGCUGAAGAAGCUUUAAAUACUUUAAAUAAAAAAAAUAUUCAAGAAUUAAAAACUUUAAACAAACCACCUCCAGGAGUAGAAGAUAUUACUGCAGCUGUUAUGCAAUUAUUAGCAACAAUCGAUACAACUAUAUCUAUAGAUAAAUUUGGAAAAAUUAAAGAUCGAAGUUGGAAAUCUGCACAAAAAAUGAUGAUUAAUCCUGAAAAAUUUAUAUCCUUACUUAAAGAUUAUAAAAAUAAGAUUGAUGAAAAUUUGGUUCCUGAUUGUAACUUUAAAUAUGUAGAAAAUUUAAUUAAUUUACCACAUUUUAAUAAAAAUGCAAUACAAAAAAAAUCUAAAGCUGCUGCAGGAUUAGCUGAAUGGGUUUUAAAUAUAACAUCGUUUUAUAAAAUUAUUCAAAACAUAUUACCUAAAAGAAUCUUAUUAGAUAAUACAAAAAAAGGUUUAGAAGAAGCUAAUGAAAAAUUACAAAUUGUACGUGAAAAGGUACAAUCACUAAAAGCAAAACUAAGUGAAUUAAUAAGUCAAUAUGAUCAUGCUAUAUAUGAAAGAGAUCUUGUUAUUUUAGAGGAAAAGAAAUUAAAAACAAAAUUAGAAUUAUCAAUUCGAUUAAUAGAUGCUUUAAGUAGUGAAGAAAUAUCAUGGUCAAAACAAUAUGAAAGUUUAAAAAAAAAAAAAAAAACAAUUUUAACAGAUAUAUUACUUUCAUCUACUUUUGUUACGUUUUGUGGUGGAUUUACUAAAAAAUAUAGAAAUAAAAUUAUGACAAAUUGUGUUGAUACAUUAAAGAGAAAAAAUGAAAUACAAAAUAAUAUUUUUAAUAACAUGCUCAAAAAAAUAAAUAAUAACGACCAAAAUUUCAUAAAUAACAACAAUAAUAAUAAUAGUAGUAAUAAUAAUAGUACAAAUUUUGGUUAUAAUGAGGACCCACAAAAAAAAGAUAACCAUAAUAAUUUUGACAUAUCAAACAAAUUGAAUAUAAAAAAUGAAAAAAAAGACAACGAAUUAGGGAAUGAUAAUUUAAAGAAAGAAGAAAUGAUUUAUGAUAUAUUCUUAGUAAAUAAUUUUAAUUUAGAUUUAUUAAUAAAUGAAGAAGUUUUAUCUAAAUUAAGUAAACAAGGUUUAACAUUAAAUUCAGUAUGUAUUGAAAAUAAUAUAAUAUUAGAAAAUAGUGAUAAGUUCCCUAUUAUUAUUGAUCCACAAAUGGAAAGUUUAAAAUGGUUAAUUAAUAGUCAUAAAGAAAAAAGUGAAAAAUUAAUUAUCACAGAUAUUAAUGAUAAAAUAUUAUUAAAAAAAAUAGAAGAAUGUAUAUCUUUUGGUUAUUCUAUUAUUGUUGAAAAUGCAGAUGAAUAUAUUGAUAAUACAUUAUAUAAUGUUAUAUCAAAGAAUAUAAUUAAAAGAAAAAAUAAUUAUUAUAUUAAUAUUAAUGAUAAAGAACUUAUGUUUCAUCCAUCUUUUUAUAUAAUAUUACAUACACAAUUGUCAAAUCCUCAUUAUCAACCUGAAAUACAAUCGGCAUGUUCUCUAAUAAAUUUCACGGUUACACCAGAUGAUUUAGAAGAACAUUUAUUAUCUAUUACUCUAGAAAAUGAAUUUAAUCAUUUAUCAAAAAAGAAAAAGAAAUUAUCAUUGUUAAAAUAUGAUUAUAUGUGUCAACUCUCUUUUCUUCAAUCAUCAAUCUUGCAAAAAUUAACAGAUGCUAAAGGGGAUAUUUUAGAAGAUGUUUCAUUAAUCGAAAAUUUAGAAAAAACGAAAUUAUUAAGUGAAAAUAUAGCUAAAAAAACAGAAAUUGUCAAAAAUACAGAAGUACAUAUUAAUACCAUUAUCAACUUAUAUAGACCUUUAUCAAAAAGAGGAGUCAUGUAUUUCUUCAUUUUACAAAAAUUAAAAAACUUGCAUUCAUUUUAUUUCUAUUCUUUAGAAAUAUUCUUGAAAAUAUUUAUCAAAUGCUUGAACGACAGUUCUCCAAAUAGAUCACCCAGUAAGGUGAACCAGGAGCAAGAAUAUUAUCUUAAAAGUGAAGAUAACGAUUUUAAUGAUGAUUACCUUGGUAGUACAAAAGAGGAGGAAAAGAUGGAAGAUGAAGAAAAGAUGGAGGAGGAAAAAGUUGAUGAAGAAAAGAUGGAGGAGGAAAAAGUUGAUGAAGAAAAAAUGGAAGACGAAAAAGUUGAAGAAAAGAUGGAAGAGGAAAAAGUUGUUGAGGAAAAUACAGAAGAUGAAAAAGCUAUUGAAAUAAAUACAGAAGAUGAAAAAGCUGUUGAAAAAAAUACAGAAGAUGAAAAAGCUGUUGAAAAAAAUACAGAAGAUGAAAAAGCUAUUGAAAAAAAUACAGAAGAUGAAAAAGCUGUUGAAAAAAAUACAGAAGAUGAAAAAGCUGUUGAAAAAAAUACAGAAGAUGAAAAAGCUAUUGAAAAAAAUACAGAAGAUGAAAAAGCUGUUGAAAAAAAUACAGAAGACGAAAAAGCUGUUGAACAAAAUACAGAAGACGAAAAAGUUGUUGAAGAAAAUACAGAAGACGAAAAAGCUGUUGAAAAAAAUACAGAAGACGAAAAAGCUGUUGAAAAAAAUACAGAAGACGAAAAAGUUGUUGAAGAAAAGAUCGAAGAUGAAAAAGGGGAAGAGCAAAAGGCAGAAGAAGAAAAUGUGGGAAUAGAGGAAGUCGAAAAGGUCCAAAUUGAUGAUUACAAAGUUUCAGAAAAAAAAGGGGAGAAUAAAAAUUGCACAUAUGAAGAAAAUGGAAAAAUUGAUAAGGACAAAGAAGAUGAUUUAGAAGAAGAAGAAGAUUUCGAAAACGAUGAUUUUACAAAUGAAGAAACGAAAAUAGACAAGAAUGAAGUUGAAAAAAGAGUAAAUAUGCUAACAGAUUUAUUGAAUAUAAAAAUGUGGAUGUAUAUGGAUAAAGGUUUAUUAGAAAGAGAUAAAUUAAUUGUAAAAUGUUUGAUUAUGUUACAUUUAGAAAAGUUAAAUGACAAAAUAAGCGAAGAAGAGGAAGAAAUUUUUAUUAAUCCUAAAUAUAAAUUAAGUAAUAAUAAUAUAACAAGUAUUAGAAAUAAAAAAGAGAAUGAAAGUAUGGAAAAAAAAUUAAUGAAUAAAUCAUUUAUUAAUGAAGAAUUAUAUGAAGAUUGUAAGAAUCUAGAAAAUUUAAAAGAUUUUGAAAACAUUACUGAAAGUUUCGAAAGUGAAAGUAUGUCAUGGAAACAAUGGUUUUUAAGUGAAAAAGUAGAAAAUGAAGAAUUACCUAGAAAAUAUAAUAAUAUAAAAGAUUUUUCUAAAUUAUUAUUAAUUCGAGUUUUACGUAAAGAUAGAUUUUUAAUUGCAUUAAAAAAUUAUAUUACAAAAAAUAUAAAAAUGACAAAUGAUGAAAAAAAUAAUACAUAUGCAUUAGAAAAUAUAUUAGAUGAAUAUAUUGAUAAUAAAACACCCGUCUUAUUUUUGUUAACAACUGGUUAUGAUCCUUCUAAAGAAAUAGAAGAUUAUAUAAAUAAAAUGAAAAAUAAUGCUAUUAAAAAAAAUGAUAGUAAUAAAAAAGAAUCCAAUAAAAAUAAUAUAGCUUAUGUAAACAUAUCUAUGGGUCAAGGACAAGAAAAUAUUGCAUUAAAAUAUUUAAAAGAAAUAUCAAAAUGUGGAGGAUACAUAUUUUUACAAAAUAUUCAUUUAAUGACAAAAUGGUUAAAAGAAUUUGAAGAAAUUCUGGAUAAAAUAUUUUUAGAUGCUCAUGUAAAUUUUCGUUUAUUCUUAUCUGCAGCUAUACCAAAUGAAAAAGAUACCAAAUUAUUACCCGAAAAAUUAUUAAAGAAAUGUUUUAGAAUAAAUAAUGAAAAAUCAUAUAGUUUAAAAGAUAACAUAAAAUGUUGUCUUGAUAAAUUUGAAAACGGACAAUAUGAUGAUAAAUUAAAAACAGUAAUAUUGGGUCUUUCUUAUUAUCAUAGUUUAUUAUUAGGAAGAUUUUUAUAUGGAAAAAUCGGAUUUAGUCAAUCAUACUCUUUUAAUGAUAAUGAUUUAGAAAUAUCAUUUAAUAUUAUUAAAAGAUAUUUAAAAACAUAUGAAAGUUUUCCUUUAGCAGAUGUAUUAUUUUUAAUAGGAGAAAUUAUAUAUGGUGGACAUAUAACAGAUAUAUGGGAUAGACGAAUAAAUAAGACAUACGUUAAGAAUAUACUUAAAGAGAUAUAUAGAAAUAUAAUAAGUAUAAAUGAAAAAAAUAAAAAUAUUAAUAUGGAUUUUCAUCACCCCAAUGAUAGUAAUAAUAAUUAUAAUGAUGAUGAUAAUAAUAAUAGUCAUAAAAAUAAUAAAAAUAAUAAUAAUAAUAAUAAUAAGGAUGAUGAUGAUGAAAGUAAUAAUAGUAAUGAUAACGAAGAAGAAAAUGAAGAAAAACUCAUUUUAAAAAAUACCAAACAUAAUAUUCUGUUCGAUGUAUUUAAGUUUCCGGAUUGUAGUAAAUAUAAUAUUAAUCAACUAAAAAAAUAUAUAGACGAAAAAUUGAAUAAAGAACAAACUUAUUUAUUAGGGUUACACAUAAAUGCCGAAAUUGAAUAUAUGAAAAAUGAAUGCUCACGAAUAUUACAAACUUUACAAGAACUAAGUAAUAAAGAAAUUGCAUCAACAGAAAGUUAUAAAAAAAAUACGAAAAUAAUAAAGAAAGAAAAACCUGGUGAUAAUAAAGAUAAUAAAUAUACACAUGAUCAAAAAAAGGAAACCAUACAUAAAGAGGAAGAUGAUGAAGAUGAAAAACAUUCAGGAAGUAAUAAAAGUACAAAAAUUAUAUAUGAUAUAAUUAAUCAUUUAUUAAAUGAAUUACCAGAUAAAAUUGAUACAAAUGAUUUAAAAAUAGAGGAUAGUCAAACAAAUACAUUUAUGGUAAUAGCAUUAAAAGAAGCAGAAAAAUUUAACAAAUUAAUAGAAUGUAUUAAUGAUACAUUAAUAGAAAUUAAAUUAGUAUUAGAUGGUAUAUUAAAUAUGAAUGAUAAAAUUCAAAAUACUAUCAAAUCAUUAAUGUUACAUAAUAUACCACAUAUAUGGAUAAAUUAUUCUUAUCCAUCAAAAAAAAAAUUGAUGCCAUGGUUUGAAAAUUUUAAAUUAAGAAUAAUAUUUAUAAAAGAAUGGAUUUCUAAAAUAAGAAAUAAUAUAUUUCUACCAAAUUCUGUAUGGUUAUCUGCAUUAUUUAAUCCUAUCUCAUUUCUAACAGCUAUUAAACAAAAAUUUGCUCAAGAAAAUAAAGUACCAAUUGAUAAACUCAAAUUAAAAUGGCAAGUAACCAAUAUAACAAAAUUAGAAGAUUUAAAUAAUAAAAAUAAUGCAUUAUAUAUACAUGGAUUAUAUUUACAAGGAGCUUCUUGGUUUAUUAAUUCGAAAAAUGAUACCUUUACAUUCGAUAAGGAUAAUAUAAAUGAUAAUGUAUCUUAUGGAAACAUAAUAGAAUCUGUACCUAAACAUAUAUAUUAUUCUAUGCCAUUAAUUUAUGUAUAUUGUAUUAGUAAUGAACAAGAUGAACUCUUAAAAGAAAAUAUGGAAUAUCGUUCAUUGGAUACACCUCUUUAUGUGACUUCAGACAGGGGAAAUACUUUUGUUUGUUCAAUAGAUCUAAAUUUAGAAAUGGAAGAUAUAGAAGACAAAUGGAUAUUAGCUGGUGUUGCACUUUUCUUAUCGGAUGAUUAA